GGAUACAAUUUGUAAAAUUCGCAAAUACUCCACUUUUAUCGCUCCGUUGCAUAUUACAAGUAACAGGAAAAUAGUUUAGUAGUCUUGGAGUGUUCUUCUUCAAGGCAGGUUUUAUUAUUGGGAAAAUGGCGAUAGGACUCAAAUCGUUAAGAACUAUUGCGGAUAUCUCGUGUAUUAUUGAUAAAGGGAAAGAGUAAAUCUCGAACAUUUAUAAAGUGGAAAGUGAUUAAUAAAUGUUGUAAUUGUGUUUUGGACAAAUCUAAAAAUGGAAAAUCUCGUUAAUAAAGAUAAUUUUGCGCAAGAGAAUCAGAAAAAAUCCGCAAACUUAGAAAUUGUUGAUGUGAAUGCAUUAGGCGUAAAUGCUAACGCUACUUCUCCCAAAAAUCAUGUUUCAGAGCAGCAGCUACAAAGUCAACCACAAAAGACAAAACGCAAACACCGGCGUGGCAAGCCAAAACCCAAAAAUGCCAACAAACCAUACAAAAAUUGGAAAUUUCAGGUACCGCGACCAAAUUUCAAUGGAUGUAGCGGUGGAAUGAACAACAGGAAUGGAGCACGCCCCAAAAUCCUACGGUCACGAUCAUUGGUGCCAUACAAUACGAAUAAAUUUCUAAUGGAAGAGCAUUUGGCGGAAGUGCCAAGUUCGCUGCUAACACCCUCUGGCCGUACACGUGAUUCAAGCUUUUCUGUCGAUUCCGAGGAUAACUACUUCUUCUCAUUGCCAGAAGAUGAGGAGGAAUUUCUAACAAAGGAGUUUGCCAAUGUCUAUGAAAAGGCGCGUGUUGAACGAUUGGAAAAUUUGACUAAGCAGCAACUAAUAGAGGAAUGUUUACAAAUUGAGGAUCGAUACUCAUCAGACCAAGGACGUCAGCAACAGUUAAAUGUUCAACGUAUAAGUUCAGAAUUCAUGUCGAAGAUAAGGAUCCUGGAGGAAAAAGUACGAGAACUAUCGCGUGAAAAUUAUAAUUUACGUUGUCAAUUAAUGCGCUCAGCGGCAAUGGCCGUUGCAGCUUCGCCUCCCUCUGCUGCACCACCCACCGGGGCUGCCUGUCAACCGACGCCAAUGGACUCUUCUAGUGUUGAUAGUGAAAGUGACAGUUCCAGUUCUUCCUCUUCGUCCUCUUCUUCUAAUAGAAGUGCAGGAGUUCAACGUAAUAAUAAUAUACGACAAAGACGACUUCGACGAAGCUGUUCUUCACGUAGUUCCUUAAGUGAUUAUCGAGCUUCUAAUGAGAAUGAUCAAAUGGAAAGUGAUGAAGGAGAUAAUAUAGUGAGUGGUGCUAAUGUUAUUGAUGUAAAUACCGAAAAUAAGUCUCUACGAGCUUUGACAAAUUUUAACUGUGAAGGACGCCUAUCAAAUGCAAACGAUAGAAGCAUUGUUGUUGAUGCAGAAAUGGAGGAUGACUUUCCCUCAUUUUCUCCUAUUUUAGACAGUGUAGACACCGCACAAUCGUUAGAGAAUGCAACAGCGCCUUUAGAAGCGACUCAUUAUAAUAAAAAUGCAGAAGCCAACCAAAGCGGCGAACUAAAUUGAACUCAAUAUCACGAAUAUUAGAAUUUAUAUAAUAUUUUUCAUAUUGUUUGCCGUACGACUUUGCUAAAUAAUCUAAAACAUGACAUUUAUUCGCAGUAAUUUUUUGGUUAUGAAGCUUUCAAACAUAAAAAGAUCCAAAUAGUGUCUAAAUUAAAAAUAUCUCUUUUUCAACGUUGAUCAUGUUAAUGAGGCUAAAAUAAUUGUUCGAAGAGAAUUCACUAGUUUUUUCAACUGCUACGAUUUUAUUAAUCUACAUUUUUAUUGUGUUAUGAAUAAAACUUCUGCGUAUACGAUUAUUAAGAUCAUUUUAGUUUCGGCCGGAGACUUAAAUAUUAAUAUAUUAAUAUGAAAGCCCAAAAAAAGUUAUUAAAAGUUCACAAUUUCAUUUCAAUUGUAAUUAAUUUUCUUGUAUAUAUUGCUAUAAUACAAUUAUAAAUAAUUUUAGCUAAGUGGAACAAUUAUUCGAGGUCUCCAAAAAAACAGUGUAAUUACUAUUUUUGGCUUAUUUUUAUUUGGUUCUUUAUGUUAAAAAGCUGGCUUGUGUGAACAUCUUUUCAAACACUUUAUGCAUUUUUAGUUUUAAAAAGUGCAUUUAUUAUUUAAAUUACGAAUUUUCUUUGCCUCAUGCAUACCAUACAUAUACAUAUAUAUAAAUAUAUAUAUAUAAACUAAAAUAAUACUAAGAUAUGAACCUGCGUUGGUAAAUUUAUCAAUAUUUUGUAGACAUUAACUAUAAUAAAAGUCUUAUCCUUUUGUACACAAGCCAAAAACAAAUUUGGAAGCGUACAAAUUGUUUGUACAAAUUGUUUUAAUGCAUACAUUUAUUUAUUAGUCACUUGUCGCAAUGCUCGAACAUUUUUGGUAAUCAUAAAUAUAUAGUACAUAUAAAAAUACCAAACUUGUGAUAUUUUCAUAUGUAACUUUUAAUAAAAAAAAAAUUGGAAAAAAUCAACCCUUUUGGCAUAUAAAAAUUGAAAAAGAAAAAAGACAAAAAUAUUAUGAGUAUGUUUUGGACAUUUACUAAUAUAUUAAAUUAUUAUUAUUACAUUAAAUUUCUCAAAAACGAAAAAAAUAACUAUUAAUUUUAACAAAAUAUUAAGACCAAGACUCCUGCUGUUUGUAUUUGAUAUACAGAAAUGUGCAUAUUGGUUGAGAAGUGUGUAUGUAUGUAAAUAAAAACGUGUUGCAAUACACUCUAAGCCGUUCUCAAUUUUA